GCGGAGCGGGCAUGGCCCGCCGGGGGGCCUCCGCGCUGGCCCCGGCCCUGGCCCUCGCGCCGCUGGCGGUGGUCCUGGCCGCGCUGCGCGCCCAGGGCGCGGCCCUGCAGGCCCCGGACCCCCACGCGCAGGAGACCUGGAGCCGCGAGCCCUACUACGCGCGCCGGGAGCCGCGGCCCGAGCCCUUCCCGCCGCCGCUGCCCGCGGGGACCGGGGCCGGGGCGCGGGAGCCAAGCCCGGCCGAGCCCAGGCCGCCCCAGAAGGCGACCAAGCCCAGGAAGGCGCCCGGGACCGCCAGGUUGGCUCCGCAGACGCCGCCUCCAGGUAAGAAUAGCAACAGAAAAGGCGUGAGAACCAAGAGCUCUGAGAAAGCUGCCAGCGAUGAUCACGGCAUUCCGGUGGCCCAUGACGAUGUCAGAGAGGGUUGCCCACCUCUGGGUCUGGAGACCCUGAAAAUCACAGACUUCCAGCUUCAUGCAUCUACUUCGAAGCGCUAUGGCCUGGGUGCGCAUCGAGGGAGACUCAACAUCCAGGCAGGUAUUAAUGAAAAUGAUUUUUACGAUGGGGCGUGGUGUGCAGGAAGGAAUGACCUCCAUCAGUGGAUUGAAGUGGAUGCUAGACGUCUGACAAAAUUCACUGGUGUCAUCACUCAAGGAAGGAACUCACUUUGGCUGAGUGACUGGGUGACCUCCUACAAGGUCAUGGUGAGCAAUGACAGCCACACAUGGGUCACUGUUAAGAACGGAUCUGGAGACAUGAUAUUUGAAGGAAACAGCGAAAAGGAGAUCCCUGUUCUCAACGAGCUGCCCGUCCCCAUGGUGGCCCGCUAUAUCCGCAUAAAUCCGCAGUCCUGGUUUGACAAUGGGAGCAUCUGUAUGAGGAUGGAGAUUCUUGGCUGUCCGCUUCCAGAUCCAAAUAACUAUUACCACCGACGGAAUGAAAUGACCACCACCGAUGACCUGGAUUUUAAGCACCACAACUAUAAGGAAAUGCGCCAGUUGAUGAAGGUUGUGAACGAAAUGUGCCCCAACAUCACCAGAAUUUACAACAUUGGCAAGAGCCACCAGGGCCUGAAGCUGUACGCCGUGGAGAUCUCCGACCACCCGGGGGAGCACGAAGUCGGUGAGCCGGAGUUCCACUACAUCGCGGGGGCCCACGGCAACGAGGUGCUGGGUCGGGAGCUGAUGCUUCUGCUGAUGCAGUUUCUGUGUCAGGAGUACUUGGCUGGCAACGCCCGCAUUGUCCGCCUGGUGGAGGAGACCCGGAUUCACAUCCUCCCCUCCCUCAACCCCGACGGCUACGAGAAGGCCUACGAAGGGGGCUCAGAGCUGGGUGGCUGGUCCCUGGGGCGUUGGACGCAUGAUGGCAUCGACAUCAACAACAACUUUCCUGACCUAAACACGCUGCUCUGGGAGGCAGAGGACCGACAAAACAUCCCAAGAAAAGUUCCCAAUCACUACAUUGCGAUCCCUGAGUGGUUUCUGUCUGAAAAUGCCACGGUGGCAGUGGAGACCAGGGCUGUAAUAGCCUGGAUGGAAAAAAUCCCCUUCGUCCUGGGUGGCAACCUACAGGGGGGCGAGCUGGUGGUGGCCUACCCCUACGACAUGGUGAGGUCCAUGUGGAAGACACAGGAGCACAGCCCCACACCCGAUGACCACGUGUUCCGCUGGCUGGCCUACUCUUACGCCUCCACACACCGGCUCAUGACUGACGCCAGGAGGAGGGUAUGCCACACAGAGGACUUCCAGAAAGAGGACGGGACUGUCAACGGGGCCUCCUGGCACACUGUCGCCGGAAGUCUCAACGACUUCAGCUACCUUCACACAAACUGCUUUGAGCUGUCCAUCUACGUGGGCUGUGAUAAGUAUCCACACGAGAGUGAGCUGCCCGAGGAGUGGGAGAAUAAUCGGGAAUCCUUAAUCGUGUUCAUGGAGCAGGUCCAUCGCGGCAUCAAAGGCGUGGUGAGGGACUUCCAUGGAAAAGGAAUUCCGAACGCCGUGAUCUCUGUGGAAGGUGUCAAUCAUGACAUCCGAACAGCCAGCGAUGGGGAUUACUGGCGCCUCCUGAACCCCGGGGAGUAUGUGGUCACGGCCAAGGCGGAAGGGUUCACCUCGUCCACCAAGAACUGCAUGGUCGGCUACGACAUGGGGGCCACACACUGUGACUUCACACUCAGCAAAACCAACCUGGCCAGGAUCCGGGAGAUCAUGGAAAAGUUCGGGAAGCAGCCCAUCAGCCUGCCAGCCAGGCGACUGAAGCUGCGAGGGCGGAAGAGACGACAGCGCGGGUGACCUCCCCACACUGGACACCUGCCCUGCACCCCUGCAGAUUAAACCACCCCCAGUCGUAACUCCAUAGAGGACUCGCCCCCUGUAGUUUUCUCUGUAGCUCAGAAAGCCUGAGAGAAUGUGUUCGUUGCAAGGCUGGUCCCGAAGGGAGGGCUGAAAGCUUAGGAUAUACAUAUAUAUAUUUUGUCUUUGUUGCAUUUAUCCAAAUAACUUGGACAGAUCAGCAGAGAAAGGCUGGUUAGGAGUGAGAAUUGAGCAACUCAGCCUGGGAAAUCGGAGGCGGAGAGCGGGCUUGCCGGCUCAGGGCCUCCAGGCUGCACAGGAGGGGAAGCCAGUGCUCCCCCCUCUUGCUUGCGUGACAGCAAGAGCUCCUGGUGCAUUUGCAUUUUGUGUGGCUCCGAUUGCAGCACUUCCCGGGCCCUGCGGUCCCAAAAGUUACCAUUUGAGAUGCUCGUGGGCCUUCCCCUCGCUGGCCCCGGGACAUUCUGAGCUGCUCCAGAUUCAUUCCACACUCUGUGGACAAUAGAGGCAUUAGCAAGUGAGCAUCAGUGAGCCCCUUGAAUCAGUUUAGUUUCCCUUUCCACAAAGGACUGUGUUUAUAAAAGGAGAAAAGUGCUGAAUGCUGAACUAGAUCACCAGUGGUCGGUGGGCAGUGGAGUGCAGUGGUGCUCAUUCAUUGCCUACAUGCAGAGUUCACAGAGAAGCCCCAGGCUCCCUGCUGGUCCAGCAGCACCCCCAGCCCUGGGUGCUGAGGCAGAGGAACGCUGGAGGAGCCGCCCUUCCAAAGGGAGUCGAUCCUUCAGCCUCUUUGACCUGCAAGAACUUAAGGAGGGCCAGGAGGAGGCUGACUUGCCACUCUCUCUCUGCUCAAGACGUUCCUCCUUUCAUGGAAAUGAGCACUCAUAAGUUGGCGUAGCAUCACCAAGGGAGUUAUUUUUGAUGUGUGGAAUGCCAGACCUUCAGAUGGGGCCAAAUGUGAUGAAAAGCUCUUAGAAUUAUCUGUGGAAUAUUGGUUUGGGCAGGGUAAUUGGAUGACCCUAUAAGAAAACAGAUUGUCUUCUUUUUAUUACUGUUGCCACCCGGGCAGAGGUGGCCCUGGGGAGAGUGAGAAAAAUAAAACAAGCAAAUGGUGA